AUGAUUUCAAUUAUUUUAACUUUGAUACAGACAAGUGUUGCUGAUAUUCUGUAUUAAAAUUCCUUCAAUUCAACAAUUGGAAUUUAGAGUAUUCCAUUAAAUUAAUAUUGUUCAAGCCUCUCUUAAGAAAAUAAAUUAAGAGUUAUGUUAACUUAAUAAUCAAAUAAUCAUUCUUUGUUAGCAAUUUGUUAGACGAACUUAAUUGAUUUUGAAAAAUUUUAAACUCUUUUUCAGCAAGAUAAUUAUCAUGAUUACAAUUGCCUUGUAGACUACAAUGCCUACAUAUUAGAAAACUAAACACAGUAGAUUGUUCUUUCUCAAUAGAAAAUGCCAACUUUAGUUUCUUAAUACCAUAAUAUAUUUUCAAUAGAAAACAAUUCAUGUUUUGCCAUAAUAUAUUCAAAACUUAAUUCGAUUUUGAUUUUAACAAUUGAAAGAAUCGGAAUUGAUGAUUGUGUUGUGUAAUUAUAUUAACUAAUUAAGCAACUGUAAAAAUUAGGGAAUUUGCAUUAAAGGCUUCUGUUAAUGUCCCUUAGGUUAUUUAGGAUUUGAUUGUAAUAUAGUAUCAUCAAAUAUACAUCAAAACAGUUAUUUUCAUGGAUUACAAAUAUUUUAUUUAGAUCUCAUAACAUUGUAGACUAAUGAUUAUAAAUUGAUUCUCAAUUCAGAAUUACAAUAUACAAUAACUUGCUAUGCCAAUUCAUCUCAUUUGUUAUUUACUUCUAAUCAAAACAGUAUCAUAUAUAUCACUGAAGAAUCAAUAAUCUAAUGUAAAGAAGCUACUGAAAGACUAAGAGUUUUUACACAACUUAGAUAUUAUUCCUAAUUUGUAAUAAUAACAAAUACUACCAGUGUAGUAAAAUUAGCAGAAUUGGAAGAACAAUAUUAUUCAAUCAUUUUAGUAAUCUCUGUUCUAGCAUCAAUUCUAGGUGUUAUUUUGCUUUUUAUGACACUAAUAUACCUGCUUAAAAUAUAUAAGGCAAAAUAAGCUAUUAAGAAUAAGCAAUAAUUUGAAAACUUAAUGCCUGCUUAAUAGUUUAUGUUAGUAUCAGAUAGGGUACCAGAAAUUAAAGUUGAAACUACAUGCUCAAUAUGUUUAGAAUCAUUUAAAUCUAGUAGUCUAGUUAGAAUGACAUAUUGUGAACAUAUUUUUCAUUCAAGUUGUUUGGAAAAAUGGAUGAAGAAUAAUAAAGUAUAACAUAAAUAAACUUUUAGGUUUGUCCAUUAUGUAGAGCAGGUUUGGAUACAUAAACAAUUUAGUCAAAGAAAAAAAUUGAACCUUAAAAUUUUAAAGGGAAAAACGGACAAGGAUCCAUUCUUUAAUAAUUAAGUUUUUUCCCAAAACAUGAUGGUACUUUACAUUCUAUAGAUGGAAGUCUAUCCUAUCAUUCUCCAGUUAUAAAAUCAUUACCAAUUAAUUAACCAAAAAAUUUGAAUUGA